AUGUCCACUCAAGUCAAUAACAUUCCUAGAUUGAAUGAGGCUAAUUUUAAGGACUGGAAAGAAGACAUCCAGAUAGUACUUUGGUGUAUGGAUUUAGACCUUGCAUUAAGGGUAGACCGUCCUACUUCAAUUGAGGAAAAUCCUAAUAAGGUUGAAAUUGAGAAGUGGGAUAGGUCUAAUCGCAUGUGUCUAAUGAUCAUGAAGCGUUCAAUUCUAGAAACGUUUAGAGGCUCUAUUGUUGAGGGAACGAAUGCCAAAGGCUUUCUAAAGCAAAAGGAGCAGUACUUUACCAAAAACGAUAAGGCAGAGGUAGAUUCAGGUGCUACUAAUCACGUAAGUGUAUCUAUGCAGAGUUGCAUUUGGAGCCGACCGCCAAGUGAUGCUGAGGCUUUCAUCUACGUGGCUGACGACAAUAGGACAAAAGUAAAAGCAAUAGGAACAUUUAGAUUAUCUUUAGGAACUGGUUUUCAUUUGUAUUUGAUACUGGUUCAUUGA